GUCGAAUGUCAGCCAAGCAGGUAAAGCAGCAGAGCAGCAGCUCGACCAGAUGGUGUCGGGCCUCAGCCAGUGCCACGAUACUCUCGAUGGCCUCCUCUAUACAGUUUAUCAGGGGCGUGAAUGAGCCAACUGUUCCGGAUGUGCGCUUAACUAGAGCACGGGAUGGAUCGUCUGGAACAGCAUCUUUCGUGUUCAAGUCGCCGUCUGUGUUUGAGGCCUCCUCCGAGCUGGGAGAUAUUACUGGGCUGUAUCUUGUGGAUGACGAGGGCACCCUCACCACCGUGGAUGUGCAAGCAAAGUUCCUCAAUGGCAAACCAGACCGCAUUGAGGCAAAGUAUGUCAUGCGCAGCGGCUUUGAAUGGGACAGGUUCAUGCGCUUUAUGGAGCGGUAUGCGGAAGAGAACGAAUUGGGCUUCACCAAAAAGCAGUGAGAAGCAUGGGUGAUGGACUGCGCUGCUGUCUGUUGUGUCUAUAAAUGGAGCGCACUUUUAAGGAAUGCUAUCGUUGUGUUGGGUAGCUGUGGAGUUGAAGAUGAUGAAGCAGUGAAUAUGUCAUCACUAGAGUCUGGCUGAGCGGUGUUGUGAGGUCAAGCAGUUUGAUGCCUGACAGAACCAAUUUUGUGUACGCGUGAGUUGCUCUACAAAAUGACUCGAGAGUGAGUACUGAUGGCAUCGCAUUAUCGUGGUGUUAUGCCUGCACAUUGCAGGCACGCAUGGAAAUUAUAGAACAAUUUAUUGAAACAUCGAACUCUUGUAUGAAGGGCUUGCUAUAGCCCAGCUAGUGGGCUAUCUGGCGAUGACUGUAAGUGUGGUAUAUAAUUUCG